GCCACCGCCCAUCAGCUGAGAAUCGUAGCUGGGGCUCUGGGGCCCCUGGGUACCCGCGGCCAGAGGAGGAGGAGGAAGCCGAGGAGGUUGGGGUGACUGCUUAGAAAACUGCCCAGCCUGCCAACAUCUGAUGAAAUUAGGGAAUAAGCAAAUCAGCUAUGUCUUACACUCCGGGAGUUGGUGGCGACCCUGCUCUGCUGGCCCAGCGUAUCUCUUCUAACAUCCAGAAGAUCACACAAUGUUCUGUGGAAAUACAGAGGAGUCUGAAUCAACUUGGAACGCCUCAAGAUUCACCUGAAUUGAGGCAACAGCUGCAACAGAAGCAGCAGUGUACUAACCAACUUGCCAAAGAAACGGAUAAGUACAUUAAAGAGUUUGGAUCUCUGCCCACCACCCCCAGUGAACAGCGUCAAAGGAAAAUACAGAAGGAUCGCUUAGUGGCUGAAUUCACAACAUCACUGACAAACUUUCAAAAGGUCCAGAGGCAAGCUGCAGAGAAAGAGAAAGAGUUUGUUGCUCGAGUAAGAGCCAGUUCCAGAGUAUCUGGUGGUUUUCCUGAGGACAGCUCAAAGGAAAGGAAUCUUGUAUCCUGGGAAAGCCAAGCUCAACCUCAGGUGCAGGUGCAGGAUGAAGAAAUUACAGAGGAUGACCUCCGCCUUAUUCAGGAGAGAGAAUCUUCUAUUAGGCAGCUUGAAGCUGAUAUUAUGGAUAUCAAUGAAAUAUUUAAAGAUUUGGGAAUGAUGAUCCAUGAACAAGGAGAUGUGAUAGACAGCAUAGAAGCCAACGUGGAGAAUGCAGACGUGCACGUUCAGCAAGCAAACCAGCAGCUGUCAAGGGCAGCAGAAUAUCAGCGCAAAUCCAGAAAAACCCUGUGCAUCAUCAUUUUUAUCAUUGUCAUUGGAGUUGUAAUUCUCGGUCUCAUCAUAUGGAAAGUGAAAAGCUAAAUUAUAAAGGAGCACCCUAUUGCACUACAUUCUCUAAAUUAUGUAGGAGGAUUCCUGUAAUCAUGGUUUUUUUAUUACUGUUAUUUUAAAGACACUCCAUAAAGGAUGGUUCCCAUACUUUGUUAUUUUCAUUUGGGGGGGGGGGAGUUUCCUUUGGAUUCAAUCUGAUAUUUUCUAACACUGAAAGUUUUUCUCAGUAUGACUGCUGGCAUUAUUUCCAUGCUUUUCAAUCUAAUAUUGUGAGGUUUUGUCCACAUUGUAUAUGCCUUUCAUUUAUAAUUUAUUUACCUGUUGACUUAGCUCUUGGAAUUAGUAAAUGUAAAGGUGUGCGUGUGUUCCAUGUGUGUCUGUCUCUGACAGAGUGAUGUGCAUUCAGAGUUGUGUUCCUUCAAUUAAAAAUCUCAAAUUUAGUUUCAAUUUGAGCCAGCAGCGGAAAUAUUCUCAAUAACUUAAAAAAAAUAUAUCAUACCUGUUUGUGGUGUGUUGUUUUUUUUUUUUUCCUGGUUCAUAGCAGCACAAAUUAUUUAACUUUACUUGUUGGUUUUCUCUUAAGACCCUUGUUUACUCUAAAUGAAAUCAGUGAAUAAUUUCCUAGAGUAUCUCAUACUCCUGAUGUGUACAUAUUAAGCAUUUGCUGUAGAUUGCCUCGUAAAAUAUUAAGGAUAGAUUGUUUUUACAUAGGCCCUGUUUAAGUCCGGUGUUUGCUGGGGUAUGUGUAGUCACAAUAAAUGUUUAAUGUAAUUUGAACGAAGAGUAUGAAAAAUCAGUACCUAUAGCAUUAGAAAUCCGAAGAUCCCAACUUGUUAUUUUGCUGUGUACUUCCACAGCUAUUACUGUGGAAAAUUAAUUAUCUUCCCUUAAGUCCUUUAGAAUAAUGGCUACAUGUGUAUCCUUGGGUCAGAAUUACUUUGGGGGAGCAACUUUCCCAGAAUUAUUGUUUUUGAGCACUAACACUUAAAAUUUAGUGUUUACCUCGCAUACCAUUUUGUAACAUCUUUCAUUAGAAAACAAUUUGGUGUUUGCCAAUUAACUCACUUGCUUUUUUUAAAUCGAUGUUGUUUUAAUGCACUAAUCUGAAUACUGUAAAGAGGAUUAUCUUAGUUUAUAGUUUGUAUUUUAUAACAUUCUUAUAUAGCAGUUUGAUAGUGAAGUCAGUGUUUUACAUGGCAAAGCUAUGAGACUUCAAAUGGGAACAAAUAAAAUGUUAAGUAAGUAAACUGUAUCUUUGCAACCAAAAUAAAGAUGAUUUUAAAAGUGUCUGGAUAGUUCUGUGUCAUGAGGACUCUGCUUCUGUGGGAGCAACACUUGACAUAAUCACACAGCAGCCCUUCUUUCUGGAGUACUGGUUUAUUUAGUGUUUUAGUUUGGCAAUCUUAAAAUGCAUGUCAGCAAAAUGCCAUUUUUUUUUUUUUUCCUCCGUAAGAGACUGUAGAAAAUUUUCUUGUGAGUGAGUGAUUGGAAACUUUGAGACUCGGUGUUUACCAAAUCAGUUUGCUUUAGUGAACAGGACUGGCCAGGCAGGGAGAGGAAUUUAUACAAAUACUACCUGUGCUGAGGUCAGUGCAAGCCCAUCAGGCCUGAUUGAACAUGUUCUUUCUCUAUAAGAGCACAGAGAAGCGUGUGAUAAACCGGUAUCUUAUGGCUACAUAAAACUCCCACAGCUCCCACAAAUCAGUUCAAUUUUUUUUUUUUUUUUGCACAGUUGUACUUGAUAAAAUGUUUAUUCUCAUAGAGGCAAAUGCACUCACUCAGUUCGCUUCCUGAUGAAUUCCCAGUAACAGCAAAACCACUUAAUUUUUUUUGCGUGAUUUUAGCACAUUCAUUUAAUGUGUAAUAUUUUAUAAAUUAUUUUACCUGGGACACAGAUCAGUGAUUAAAAACAGGAACCUUAGUGGCUUGCAUUCUUUUAAGAAACAUAAUGAUUUUUGAAGGAAAUUUUUACCCCAAAAUAUUUGGAACACAAAGAGUAGUCUUGAUUUGAAAAAAAUCAAAGGAAAAACAUAGCACAAUAGCCAAGGUUUUCAAGUUCUCGAAGUUUUCCUUCAGGUUAGUCUUAGAAUCACAUUGAAAGGUGAAGCUCACACUAUGGAAAAUAAAAUGAAGUUGUUUUUAUGACAGUCAGCAUAUUUGAAUCAGUCCACAUAAGCCUCAAACUGAAGAAGUUUCCUCGUCAGGUGACACAUUAUUGUUCAUUUUAGCGGGCUCCAAAGACAUUCUCGAACGGCGCAGAUUGAGAUCAACCAGCCUCUGAAAUUGAAUGAGAGUGUGGCCUGAAGUGUUUGACUCUUGCACUGGUCAUUAAAUACGGAAGUGUUCUGGUUUUGCACAACGAUUGAUGGUAAAAAAAAAUAUAACAGGUGCCAUUUCAACAUAAGGCAGCUUGUCUGUUAGUCGGCAGGGGAGCAGUUCUAGAAAAAUAGACGUGUGGGCACAGACAGAGCUUGAUCUAGGCCAGCAAACCACGAAGGCGGCAGUUGGAGUCAGGCCUCCGAGCGUUCAGCGCGCCCAGCAGCAUCCGCAGCGCUGUCGGACACCACUUAUCUCCAAGAGGUUGCCACCGACUCCUUCACUGUCGUCAUGGCUUUUUUUUUUUUUAAGUAACAUUUUGUACACACAGAAAAACAGUGUUUUGAAUAUCAAUGUUUUUCAACAAGUUUAUAAUGAAAAAUGAUUUUUGAAGACUUUUUGUUCCACAAAAUCAGCCUGUGCUUUAGCAAAGAAAGUGUGGAAUAGUGUUUCUAGUUGGUGUAAUUUUUGUUGCUGCAUGUAGAAAAAAACACAAUAAAAGAUAAAACCUGU